AUGGCUCAUCUCCACUUUGGGGCGGCAGUCCCCGUCGUGUUUCGGAGCUUCCCCUCUGUGCGCGGUCACUCGCUGGCGCAGCCGCGGCGGACGCUGGCGCUGCCAGACGAGCUUCCAGGCGCCCUCAAACUCGUUCUCCUCGCCUUCAACAAGAAGCAUCACCGCGAGCUGGAGUCGUGGACGCCGCUGCUUGCCUCGCUUCAAGAGAAAUUCCGCGCGCGGAACCCCGACAGCCCCGGCGCGCUGAAAACUUAUCACAUUGUCCUCAGGAGUCGCUCGGCGCGUCUCUUCAGCUGGUACCUCGAGGAGCGGUGGCGGCUGCUUCUUCUCCCGACUCCGCCGUCUUCAUCUUCCGCGGCGUCGGCUGUCCCCGUGUCUCAAGCUCCCUCUCCCGCUGGUGCAUCCUCUGGCGCGCCACACUCCGCCGGCACGGCCGCUGCGUCUGUGCCCUCUGCGUUCGCGGCUUUUUCUGCGCGUUCGCUGAGCUCUGCGAAGUGCGGCGAGGCUCUCGCGCGUCCCACAGAGCCGUCCGCGGCGGCGUACGCGGCGGCGCUGAACUCGACGUUCUUCGCGUACGUGGAUCGCCGCGCCUUUCUGGCGCGCGCGUCUCUGCCAGACUGCCAGCGGCCCUACCUCUUUCUGCUGGACGAGAAAAACAAAAUCACCUGGUGUGAACACGAAGCUUUCGGCGCGGACAAGGCGCUCGCCGUCCACGAGAUUCACCGCCUCAUGGACCUGCCCCCUGAGGACUCCAAGCUGCGCCUCGACGCGAGCAACGUCGGCGAGCGAACGCACCUCGCAGCCAGCCCCGAAGAGCCGCUGCCUGCGCUUCUCCAUGGGGAAAACGAGAGGAGAGGAAGCGAGAAGACGGGGAACGAGGCGUAA